GUACACCACUUUGGCGCAAUGGGCCACCGGAGAAGCCAGUGCUAUGCAAUGCGUGUGGAUCUCGAUGGAGAACAAAGGGAACACUUGCAAAUUAUACCCCUCUGCAUGCUCGGGCAGAAGCUGAUGAUAGUGAGGAUCAAAGGGUUUCCAGGGUAAAGAUUAUAUCAUUACAUAAGAACAAAGAAAUGAAAUCUUUAAAACGAAAGCAGAACCAUGAUAGUGUUGUGGUAUCUGGUGGCCUCACCCCUGAUUACAAGUACAACCAAGGAUUUGGAAAGGCUGUAGAUGAAGAUACAAGCAAUCGUUCGAGUUCAGGAUCAGCUAUCUCUAACACAGAGAGUUGUGCUCAAUUUGGUGGCACAGAUGCUAGUGAUUUGACAGGUCCUGCUCAGUCAGUGGUUUGGGAAGCCAUGGUGCCUUCCAAAAAGAGGACUUGUGUGGGUCGUCCUAAGGCUUCUUCUGUUGAGAAGCUAACAAAAGACUUAUGCACUAUACUUCAUGAGCAGCAAUCUUAUUUUUCUACAUCUUCUGAAGAGGAACUUCUGUUUGAAAGUGAAACACCUAUGGUCUCUGUUGAGAUAGGACAUGGAAGCGUUCUUAUAAAACAUCCUAGUUAUGUAGCUCGCGAAGAGGUGUCUGAGGCUAGCGCUGUUUCAGUUGAUAACAAACAAUGCCUAGUGAGUGAAGCAUAUUCAGAUUCUGGUCCCUUUCUUGUGUAUAAUGAUUUGAAUGGUAUGAACUUCUCAUCCUAUGGAGUCGACAAGGUUGAGAAUUCUGCUGACCAAGAAAUGCAGGAGGAGCAACUUAAAAGUGACAAAUCUCAGCUUGAGAGAGUACAAAUACUUGGAGACCAUAAUUCCCCAUUGUGCUCAAUAGAUUUAAAUGAUGUAGUAAACUACAAGGAGUUUGUGAGAAACAUGACAAAUGAAGACCAACAGCUAUUGCUGAAGUUUCUUCCUAUGGUUGAUACUGCUAAACUUCCUGAUAGCCUUAAAGUCAUGUUCAAUAGCUCUCAAUUCAAGGAGAACUUGACUUAUUUUCAGCAGCUUCUUGGGGAAGGUGUCUUCGAUAUCUCUUUCUUAGGGGCAAAACCUGAAGACUGCAAAACUUUGAAAAGGCUUGCAUUAUCCAAUCUGUCAAAGUCAAAAUGGGUAGAACAUUAUAGUUACCUGAAGAGAUGUAAAACCACAGCUGCAAAAUCUGUUAGUCAGGGAUCAACUGGUAAAGCAUCAUCUAAUUUUGCGAAUGUGAAGAGAUUGCGUGAUGGCCGAAAUCAAAACUCUCCAGAACUGAAGACCAUGAUGAGGAGCCCCAAAGGAAUGACCAUAAAGAUUGGCAGUGAGGGAAAUGAAGUUGUAGAAGAUGGCUCUUGCUAUAGUCCAAAAAGCCUGUUUGCUUUGCCUCCUGAUGCUGCCUCGCUCUUGCAAGUUUCUUCGAACUUUGUUGAGGAGAGUUCUGAUCAUGAUGUUUUGGUAGAGGUCCCAUCUAAUAGUUCAUUCCCACAGGCAGAACUUCUGCACCCAACAUCAAGCUUUGGUGCUCAAGCAAGCACAAGUAGUAGCUCAGUGUACUCACAUUUUGUUCAUAAUUAAGUACUCUUCACUGGUUUACUUUCAGUUCUGAGAGUCUGCAGCACAUUUUGCAAUAUCUUAAAACACAUGUUUGUUGUGUUUUUUAAUUUCCUUGCAACCUCUUUGAGCUUGGAUUGCCAACUAUGCAAGUUGGUGGCUUUUUCUUUUUGUUUUAUUUUUCCUUUUGGGUAUAGGCAGAUUGUAACAUAUAGCUUGAAAUUCGGAGUCACAAUCUCCAGAGUUUUGUAUGCUAUUGUAGCUUGUUUUGUGAAUAGUUUUGACCUCCAAUUUUCCCCUCAUAGAAGCCCUGCAUACCCCAACUUUUUUAUAGGCAAAUAAAAUGAGAACACAGCUUUAUGGGA